AUGAUUUGCGAUUGUGUUCAUUUAAGAUCUGAGUUAGAGAAUAUUAGAAAUAAAUAAUCAAUAUUGCUUAAAGACCAUUAAAUGUAGUUAGAAUUAAUAAGAACAAAAACAAAAGAAUAAUAUGAAAGUUUAUUGGAAACACAAAAAUAAGGAUUAUUGGGAGUGCAAAAAAUAAAUGAAUAGGAAAUUAACAAGUUAAAAGAAAUUAUUGCAAUUAAGAAUUCUGAAAUAGAAUCUUUAAUUUAGACUAACUAAAAAUAUCGAGCUCAGUUAAAUUAAGAAGAACAAAUUAGUAACUUAAAGAUUUAAAAUCUUAAGAAAGAAUCAUAAGAAAUUCUUUCAUUAAUCUCAAAAUAUCAAGAGGAAAUUAGUUUACUAAAAGAAGAGCAACCUCAAAGAGAAGAUCUAUUAAAUGAAUAACAUUAAUUGCGAAUAGAAGAAAUUUAAAAUUAUUAUUCAAAAUUAUUAAAACAACAUGGAAAAGAAAAGCAAGAAGUACUUGUAAAAUUAGAUGAAUUAGUUUAAAAAGAAAAAAGUCUUAACGAAUAAAUAAAUAAUUAACUUACAUAAAUUUAAUUAUUAAAAUUAGAAUUGUUAGAAAAAACAUCAAUAAUUGAUUAAAAUGAUAAGGAUAUAUAAAAAUUAAAGUUAGAAUUAUUGAAAUUAUAGAAUUAAUAAUAAUAAAGCAUUAAUGAAAAUUAAUUAAAAAAACAAUCUCUUUAACAAGAUUAAGAAUUAAUUGUUCAGCAGUAUGAAUUGCAAUUAGAUAACUAAAAAAACUAAAUUUAACAACUACGUAAUUCUUUUGAAUAGGUAUUAAUAUAUUUUUUAAUUUUUAGCUUACUAUGAAGUGUAAUGAACUCAAUGAAGAAACCUACAAGUAAAAUUUAAUAAUUAAAUCUUAAAAUAAUACAAUAAGAGAAUAAGAAGCCUUACUUGAAAAGUUAGAAAUACAUUCUUAAACUAACAAUAUGUAAUUUAAUCAAAUGAUGGAAAAUUAGAAAAGAAGAUUAGAAUAGGCUUAUUAAUAUUAAUUAGAGAGCCUUAAAAAAUCAUUUUAAACAUAAGUAAAUAAUUAAAAAUAUUUAGAUUAUUUUGCUAUAAUAAUAAUAAGCUGAUGAAAGCAUAUUAGGAAAAUAAAGGUUGAUAAGAAGGAGCGUAGCUGAUCUCUGA